AUGGCCUCUCUGGGCGACAACGAGAAUUCCUCCGUUGAGGACAAGAGAGAUGCCUCAAAAGAACUUCCAUCGAACACCACUCCUGUUCUCACAGGUCAGCCAGCCGUUGGUCCGCCUCCCAAUGGUGGAUGGAAAGCCUGGUCGCAAGUAGUGGGGGGCUUCUUUCUCAUGGUUAAUACCUGGGGUUUGAUUAAUGCAUUUGGUGUUUUCCAAGCAUAUUAUCAAGCGACAAUUCUGUCGCAUAAAACUCCUGCGGACAUCGCUUGGAUUGGAUCGAUCCAGGGAUUCUUGAUGCUAAUAAUUGCUGUCUUCUGUGGCUGGGCUCUAGAUGCGGGCUACUUUUACGCUCUUGCCGCAGCGGGAGUCAUAUUUCAGGUAUUUGGGAUGAUGAUGACAUCACUUGGAACGGAAUACUAUCAAAUCCUACUGUCCCAAGGUAUAUGUGUCGGCAUUGGUUCUGGUUGCUUCUUGGUUUGCGCGUUCACCAUCGUCGGCACAUAUUUCUCGACUCGACGCUCCUACGCUAUGGGCUGGACGGCUACAGGUAGCUCAAUAGGUGGCAUAAUAUACCCCAUUGUGAUCCGUAAUCUCAUCGUCAAAGUCGGAUUUCCUUGGGCCGUUCGAGCCAUGGGUUUCAUCGUCCUUGGAACACUUGCAAUCUCAGUUUCUCUACUGCGUCCACGAUUACCCCCCAAGAAACUCGGACCCUUGGUUGAUAUUGAGUCACUGCGCGACACUCCUUAUACCUUGUUUUUGCUUUGGCUUUACAUACCCUUCUUCUACAUAACUGAUUACGCCAUCAGUAUAGGUAUUGAUGAGGAUAUGGCGUUUUAUAGUCUGAUCAUCAUGAGCGCUGGAAGUAUACCAGGCCGUGUGCUUCCACCCUUCUUUGCCGACCGAAUUGGAAACAUCAAUGUCAUGUUGCCAGCUACAUUGAUCUGUGGCAUCCUCUUGUUCUUUUGGCUUGCAGUAAAGUCUCUCACUGGCUUGAUUAUUAUCUCGAUUCUGUUUGGAUUUUUCAGUGGUUCAGCACAAGCUCUAAUUCCGUCUGUUGUUGUCUGGCUUGCACCUGACCUGUCAAAGGCCGGAGUGAGAAUUGGUAUGACGCUCUGCAUGUGCGGCCUUGGGCUUCUCGUUGGUUCCCCAAUUGGUGGAGUCAUAAUUGAUUCACAAUCAACGCCAGAUCGAAAUGUGUACUGGGGGGUUCUGCUCUGGGGUGCAUUCACAGUUCUCUCGGGCGCUCUCUUCCUCUUGAGUACCAGGACUCUGAAAGUCGGCUGGAAAAUUCUGGUGAAAGCAUGA